GUUUCACACGGCACUUCCGGUAGUGAACGCUGGCGCUGGACCUGCAGACGGAAUUCGCCCUCUGACAUGUGCAUUGAUCCCAUUUCCUCAAAGACACCAAAAUCUGCGUAUUUUUAGUUUGAGCUACAGAAGAAUGUUUAUUUUCAAUGGGUGUGAGCCGGCUUGAUGUUCUUUAUAGAAGGCUUCUUCUAACCAAACUUUUCAUUCAAGGAUGGGGGAAGCCAGAGGAUCUGAAAAGAAUAUUCGAGUUUCGGAAAAUCAUAGGCAACAGGGAGAGGUGCAAGAAUCUGGUACCAGUGGACUAUCCGAUAUUAAUUGACAAAGUAGAGGAUCACACAGAUUGCAAAAUUCACAAUGGUCAUUUCAUAUCACCGUUGGAGCACUUUGUACCAGGCAUCUUGCCAACAGAGUCCAUCAAAGCCCGAUUCCAAUUCAUUGUACCCAAGAAAUGGAAGAGACACAGACCAGUCUGUAUUCAUUUGGCUGGAACAGGAGACCACUUUUUCUGGCGAAGACGAACCCUGAUGGCUAGACCAAUGGUGAAAGAAUCAGGCAUGGCGUCGCUUCUGUUGGAAAAUCCUUAUUAUGGAUACAGGAAACCUAAAGACCAACUUCGCUCCAGUCUGAAUAAUGUAUCAGACCUUUUUGUGAUGGGUGGAGCCCUUAUCCUAGAGUCUGCAGUCCUGCUACACUGGUUGGAGAGAGAGGGAUUCUGGCCUCUAGGCAUGACUGGCAUUUCUAUGGGAGGACAUAUGGCAUCAUUAGCUGUAACUAACUGGCCCAAACCGAUUCCGCUGAUACCUUGUUUAUCCUGGACUACUGCCUCAAGUGUUUUUACUACAGGUGUUUUAAGUAGAGCUGUAAACUGGAGGGAACUUGAAAAACAGUAUGCUGCACAUACAGCAUAUGAGGAGGAAAUCAUCAAUAUGCUGGAGUAUUGUGGGACAGAUUCUUUCCGGAUGGGCCAGGAAUUCGUGAAAAAUGCCCCAGGUAGCUUUGACAGACUCACAGACCUGUAUCUCACCGAUGACCUCCUUAACCUCCAUUCACCAGAGAAGGACCAGAUGGGGCUGCACACAUCAGCCUCGUGUUCUCAGCCUGGAGGUGGAGGUCACACCUCAGACUCAGCCUUGCUGAUGGGGCGGAGAGAGAGAGAUGGACUGGAUCAGAUGCUGUCUGCUGUGAGCAGCAGUGGGGCUCAUUUGGACAUGCUACAUGCAAAGAACAUCACCUACGGGUCAGGCCAGCAGCAGUCUCUGCAGCAGGAGUCCCACUACUUCAUGAAGGGAGUUAUGGAUGAAUGCACACACAUUGCCAAUUUUUCAGUGCCUGUAGAUCCCAGUCUGAUCAUAAUAGUCCAGGCAAAGGAAGAUGCAUAUAUUCCCCGCACUGGAGUUCGCAGCUUACAGGAGAUCUGGCCUGGCUGUGAGGUUCGCUACCUCAAUGGAGGCCACAUCAGCGCUUACCUCUUCAAACAAGGACUGUUUCGGCAAGCAAUUUAUGACGCCUAUGACCGGUUUCUUCAGAAGUAUUCCAACUUCUAGCCAUGGAUUUUUUGGUACUCUGUACAGACAAGAAUCGUGGCAUUUAGAAAGUAUGAUGUGGAAAACAAUGAAUGUGAUGGCCUUGAUAUAACAAAGGACUUUGUAACUGCAAUGAACAACCUUGUGCUACAUAAGGGAGGCUGUGUGCAGCAUUUGCACAAUACAAAACAACAGUCUACUUGUGUGCAACCCAUACAAAACCUUGUCUUCCUGACCCUGUUGCCUUUGAUCUUGUAUAUCAUGACUGAAACAUACUUAACAAGGAAGGGACAAAGAUGUGUCUCCAAACUCAUAAUUAAUUCAUUUAGUCAUCAUGGUGUCUUUUAACCUCUUAAAGGGGCAGGAAAAAUGUGUUUUGAAUUGUGGAGUAAAUGAGUGAAGUGUGCUGUCAGUAGCUCUGCUAAUCAUGCUUUUGAUUACUUGAAACUUCAGGUUCAAUCCAAAGGACAUGAAAAUGAUUAUAAGAUAAUUGUAUUUCCCCAACAGCUCUCAGACAAUCACAAUCCAUAUAUAUAUACUAUAUCUAUGUAAUAUAUAUACACACAUACACACACACAGUUGUGUUCAAAUAGAUAGCAGUGCGUGAAUAAAUUGCAAAUAUUUUUAAUAGCUUUUAUUUCCAUAUUUCAAAUGUAGUGGAAGCAUUACACAUUCAAUUCCAAAUCAAAACAUUAACAAUUCUUAUCAAGUCUGUGUUAUUCUUUUACAGGACGCAAAGAAAAGGAAUAUUAAUCUGUUCAAACAAAUUAGCAGUGUCGACAUUUUUCUCUUCAAACACAAUAUUUAGUUGGAUAACCAUUGUCUUUGAUAACUGCUGCACAUCUGCGUUGCAUCGAGUCAACCAACUUCUGGCACUUAAAAACAGGUAUUUCAGCCCAGGAUGAAUGUCACAGUUUUGGGGUUUUGCUUCAGAAACUGCAUUUUUAAUGUCACUCCACAAGUUUUCAAUGGGGUUGAGGUCAGGGGAUUGAGCUGGCCACUCCAUUACCUCAAUCCUUUUUUUCUGUAACCAAGAUGUUUCUUGCUUACUCGUGUAUUUGAGGUAGUUGUCUUAUUGAAAUACCCAUUUCAGGGGCAUUUUCUUUUCGGCAUAGGGCAACAUAAUCUCUUCACAUAUUUUGAUGUAUUCAAACUGAUCCAUGAUCCCUGCUAUACGAUAAAUAGUCCCAUCACCGUAGUAUGAAAAACUUCCCCAUACCAUGAUUUUUGCGCCACCAUGCUUCACUGUCUUCAGUGUACUGUGGCCUGAAUUCAGUACCCGGGGGUUGCCUGAUGUACUGUCGAUGACCACUAGACCCAAAAAGAAAAAUUUUACUCAUCAGUCUACAGAAUGUUACGCUAUUUCCCUUUGGGCCAAUCGAUGUAUUCCUUGGCAAAUUUGAACCAAUUCUGCAUAUGCCGUUUUUUCAACAAUGGUGCUUUUCGGGGGGCUUCUUGCUGAUAGCUUGGCUUCGAUCAAAUGUCUUCUGACUGUAACAGUACUUACAGGUAAUUUUAGAUCAUCUUUGAUCUUUCUGGAGGUGAUGAUUGGCUGAUUCUUUGCCAUUCUGACUAUUCUUCGAUCCGUUUUAACAGUAAUUGCUUGUUUUUUUGUUGCCAUUUUAAAGCAUUUGAGAUCAUUUUAGCUGAGCAUCCUAUAAUUUGCUGCAUUUCUUUAUACGUUUUUCCCUCUCCAAUGAACUUUUGAAUCAAAUUACGUUGUUCCUUCAAACAAUGUUUGGAAUGCCCCAUUUUACUUAGCAAUUCAUAAGGAAAUAUAUUUGAUUGUGUGAAACAAUUGCUUCCCUUUCUUAAUGACACCUAAUUCUUUAAUUAAACUCCACACUUCUAUUAUUUGAACACACCCUUUCAAUGAAUGAGUCAAAUACUCAGAACAAGCAGCAUGCAUGUCAUGAAUGUUGGGUCUGUUGUUUUUCUAUUACACUAAUAGAUCUACAAGUAAAUUAUUUGCAAUGCAGAAAUAUCACUACUACUAAUAACAGUGGUUCAUCUUUUUAACACAACUGUGUAUGUGUGUAUACAUAUAUAUACAUACAUAAACCACCUGCCAAAUAUUGUGUAGGUCCCCCUCGUGCUGCCAAAACAGCUCCAACCCGCAUCUCAGAUCAGCAUUCUGAGAUGAUAUUCUUCUCACCACAAUUGUACAGAGCAGUUAUCUGAGUUACUGUAGACUUUGUAAGUUCAAUCCAGUCUGGCCAUUCUCUGCUGACCUCUCUCAUAAAGGCCUUUCCGUCCACAGAACUGUCGCUCACUGGAUGUUUUUUUUUUCUUUUUUGCACCAUUCUGAAUAAGUUCUAGAAACUGUUGUGUGGAAAAUCCCAGGAGAUCAGCAGUUACAGAAAAUACUCAAACCAGCCCAUCUGGCACCAACAAUAUAUACAUAUUGUAAUCUAUAAAAUGGAAAGAAAAAAAUUAUAUUUAUUUAUAUAUAUAUAU